UAUAGGAUGACUUCAAACAAAACAAAACAAAUUGUCUUGAAUAUGGUCCCUGUGGAUGUAUGUCUGGUGGACUAUCUUAUUGCUGUUUUUUUCCACUGUGAUAACAUAUGCAAUAGUUCCACAAAGUUUGGGUAAGUGGGUGGAUUACAACUGCUUUCUUCUUGGUUUGGUGGCCAAUCUACAAUGGGGCGAAUGGUUAAAAGAAACUGAGGAAAUCUUUUGCAGGAAUUGAAGGCUGCAUUUACCUGAAUUAAACUGAACUUACUGAAUUUACUGGUAAUUCUCUUCCUGCUAGUUCACUUUGCUCUUCUGGAGAGGUGGGGGAACCUCCCCCAAACCCCACCUGUAAACUUAAGGCUAGCUUCUUAAUCUUUUACUUACUGGCAUGUCCUUUACAUCCUGAGUACUUCUCAAAGAACUAUUAGUUUUAACCAAACACUUCUACAGAAAAGUCCGUCACGUCUUCCUCAGUGUUGUAUAAUACUGUGUUUUAAUUCCACCACAGGAAGCUUAAAGCACAUAUCAUGGUGGCUUGUAAUAGAGACAAAUGAAUCAUUUCCUUCAUCUAAAUAUUAAUGUUUAGGGAAAUGAGUAUGGUUGACAAAGAAUGAGAAAGUGAAGCUGAAGCAGUGUGUGGGUGAUUGCCAGUGCUUGGGCCUGCCUGCCCUCACCUGUGUUUCCAAAGCCACUUUUUUUCCUGAGGGCUCUGAGUAAUGUCACUUUUGCUGGCAGUGUAUCACUGAGCAUCUGAGUGUUUUCAUAUGAUUUCUUGUAACAGACAGAAAGUAAGUUUAGCAACUGAUUACAUGGUCCUAUUGACUUGUCUGUUUCUAACAUACACGCUGGAGGGUGUAGCAGAUUCUGGAGAGGAAAGAAGGGGAAGAUAGCCAUUUCUGAACAACAUCAAGUAAUAAAACAGCUGUAGUUGUAGAUCCACUAGUAAGCCUGUAACACAACUUAGUUAACAAGAAUUAAGGGAGACAUCUAGUUUCUCUCAAGGGUCAUUUGCAGAGGAAAGAAUGAUAGGAAAAUCUGAUAAGAAGCCUUUUUGAAUGCUUUGUUUUUAAAAGAUCCAAACUUAAUAGUUUUUAGUAAGUGCAAGAUGGAAAUCUCAAACUUAUAAUAGCAAUGACUUGAUCUUGAUUGUUUUAAACAAAGUAAAGAACAGUCAGAUUUGACCUGGAAAGAAUAGCACCUACAGGUAUCAAAUUUCAUUAGAUAUAUUUACAUAGUUGUUGUUUGGAUUAACUUCUUAAGAAUUAAGUGUGCACUCAAGUCAGUUCAAAGCAAAAAGGGAAGCAAAAUGUAUUAUGGUCUGGAGGGAAAGUGAUAUAUUACAUAGGGUUGUUUUAGUGCUAGGUAAUAUUGACAAUAGUAGCUGUAUUUGCUGCUUGCAAACUGCUAGCAUGAUGUUGGAGCUAAUGGUGGAACAUGCAUUCUCCAGAAGUGACUCUUGCUCAAAUUAGUCCUUUUGGUUUCCUAUUUGAAUUAUGUACUGUAUUUCAAAGUGCAGAAAGUUAGUAGCCAAUGUGAAUUGGGAGAAACUCUUGGAGGCGGUAUAGUAAGCAGUUGUUCAUGUUGACUAGAGCUGGGUUGUCGGAUUGAAGAAAGUGUUCAUGAUUGCCAUGAACACAUGAGUAACCAGCAUGCAGAAAUCAAGAGCGUAAAUAAAUGUUAGGUGAGUUAGCAAUUUGCCACUUGAAUGUAUAGACAGUACCUAUCACUGGGCAGCCCUGGUUCAUAACUGAAGCUUUUAGUAGCUAUAUCAGCAAAAAUGAGUAAAAGUGCAUCAUCUGGAAUCGUUACCUGUAGAACAGGUAGGUAUGUUUAGGUUCAUGUUAGGGCUCUCUUCUGUUCUAAUCCCUUUUCUGUUUUCUUGCUUCUUCGCUGUCUGGCUAUUGGGCCUGUUUCCCCUCUCCCUGUGCUGCCCCUUUCUCCAAUCUCUAAGCUAGUCAACCACAAAGAUGAGAAAUUCUCUCUGAAAACAUCAUGGCUUCCUGUUUGGCUUUUGUUGUAUGCCCGCUUUCUUCAGACUGGCUGACUGGGAUUUCAGGCUUUGUAAGCUCGAUAGCUGUCCAAACCGUUGCUGGUGAACACUCCUGCAACUGGGAUUGGAGCAGGCUGUCGCAGGUAUCAGUACUGUAUCCGUAUGCUUCUGUAUUUGGGUAAGUUGCUUCCCAGGUAAAAACAGAGAAAUCUUCCUGAGAGUGCUGGGGUUAGGAAGAGGCCCCAAGUAUGGGCCCAAGUAUGCCCAAGACUUGUCUGUGUUGACACUGCUGGCUGGGAGCCCACGUGGCUCUGGCUCAAAGCGCAGAAGUUCAGGAUAUUAGUCAGUUGAAUCAACUGUAAUGUUCUCAGCCUCGUACUACAAAGCUUUGAAAAGUACGAUUAACUGGUGUUAAGGUGUUGAGCAUGCUUGAGAGCCUGGCCUGAACUUCUGUUUAAAAGGCAAGUCAGCCGAACCAUGCUAUAGGAGAGGUGUGUAAGGCUGUUGUGUACCAGUUAAGUCUAGACAAAAAUAUACGCUUCUCUGUAAUACAUGUGACAUCACUGAAAACUCUUUAAAUACCAAUCAAACAAAUAUCAACAUGAUGUCUUGCCAAUUAAAAUAUGUUACAAUAAGUCAAGAUUUGGGAACACUUCAGUAACUUCUGUUAGAUAAAGGCCUGGAAGACUGAAUGACUGCAAUGCAAGUAUUUAUUUGCUUGAGACUUAGGUCAUAACCACAGAGCAGCUUAUACUGCACAUCAGCAACCUUACUCUGUUGCACAUGUUUGCAUCUCCUAAGUCUGUAGGAGUAGUUAAUGAGUAGUUAAACAGAGGAGGACUAUCUCUAAAGUGAAAGUAUUAGAAUACCAAAGUAAGACAUCACUCGUAUCUGCUUAGCACUGUUCAGAAACAAGCAUAGGUGGUAAAUGUAUCCUCUGCUGGAUUUUUGUUUGUUUCUUUCUUUCUCUUCUAGAGAAAGAAUUCCUAUCACAAGAUCCUUUUUGGAGAGGAGGAAGGAGUGUCUUUUUCCCCAGCGUCCCUGUAAAGUACAAUAAAAAUACUUACUGUCAUUCAAAUGAAAAGCUAUCAAGUCUUUCCAGAGGAUAACGUCUCUUCUGUACAAACUGUCUAAGCAUUCCUAUUAAUAAUCAUCUUUUAAAGAAAAGACCUAUGUCCUGGACAUCACUUAAUUCCAACAACACAAGUUGAUACAGAAGUCUUCUGAAGUGUAUUAAGCAUAAAAAAUCAUAAAGUGACUGGAAUUUCCAUUGAAACGGAUAACAAAAAUGUAAAAGCAGAGGAGUUUAAAGAGGCUAUUCUUAGCUGCAAGCACAAAUUUUCAAAAGAGAUGAGUCUAAGAAUAGAAUGGAAGAAAAUCCAGUCUCGAGGAGUCUCAUUUGUUUAUUACAAUGGUGAAUUUACAGGUGAUCUUAAAAACCGAGCAGAAAUGCUGAAUACAGGAAUCCAUAUUAGAAAUGUGACCAGAAAGGACUCUGGGACCUACCGCUGUGAAAUUAGUGCGAAGAGUGAACAUCGCCAACACUUGGAAGAGGCUACUAUUAUGCUCACAGUGUUGGUUGCUCCGACCACUCCGGUAUGUGAGGUACCCAGCUCCGCAAUGACUGGAACAGUAGUGGAACUGAGCUGCAAAGAAACUGAAGGGUCUCCUCCAUCCGAGUACCAGUGGUAUAAAAACGGCGUUGCCUUGCUGGAAAAGACAGGAACAGGCGGUGCUAGAGCAGCAAAUAUAACUUACACCAUGAAUAAAAAGUCAGGCACUCUGCUAUUUAACACAGUUACAAAGAACGACACUGGAGAGUAUUUCUGUGAAGCCUCUAAUGGGAUUGGAUUAUCUCAGAAAUGCUCAGUGAAGCGAAUGCAAGUUGAUGACCUUAAUGUCAGCGGUAUAAUUGCUGCUGUAGUAUUUGUGGCUCUGGUAAUGGCAUUAUGUGGCCUGGGAGUAUUUUAUGCCCAAAAAAAGGGUUACUUUACAAAGGAAAGCUCUUCCCAAAAGAAGUCCAACUAUCAAUCUACAAGUGAAAAGGAUUUCAAGCAUACCAAAUCCUUUGUUAUUUAGAAGAUUUCGGCCUCUGUGAGGGACAGCAAAUGACUACUUGUUAUACAAAAUAUCAAAGGGAUCUUUUGACUUCCAUUCUGUAAAUAGUUUCCAUGUACUACACACUGAAAAUAGAAACUAAUGUUUAGUCAACCCACUGUGUAUUAGUUGCAUUUUUUUUAAGUUAAAGAUAGAAAUAAACAGACUAUAAAAGUCAA